UCGGUUUGGUUGUGCAUUUGUGCAGCGGCAACAACGCGCGCGUAUUGUAUGCAUUACCUAYUGUUUCGUGUCGCGGCUCUUCUGCAUGAUAAAACCGGUACAAUAAUAUUAUAAUAUUUAAUACGCGUGGAACAAUUAUUUCAAUCGUCUAUGCUUCUUCUCAAUAAUAUUACACAGCUGGCUGGUGCGCUAAACGGCAAAGUGCGCGUCAUACGACAUCCGUUUAUAAUAUUAUGAUAUUAUCGUCGUCUACGGUCCCAAUAGUUUCAUAUAAAAUAUACCGCCACAUCAGAUACAAUGAUUACUUUAAUGUUAUUGUUGGCUAUGCUACACACUGGAUUGUCGGAAAUCAGCGGAUAUGAAGAAGCGCAAAAAAAUUUACGCAUGAAAUUAGGUUUAAACCAAAAACCUGUGACAAAUGAAAACAUAAAGAUACCAUCUGCCACUAUGGAUCUGUUUAAAUUAACAUCAAAACAAAAAAUGACAACACAUUUUCCUCUUCCUGGUUUGCACACAGCGACUGCUAAUACUGCUAGAAUUUAUCACAAUAAAGGUCAGAAAAGCACGCUGGAACGGAUGAUGACGUGGCGAAUCAAACGAUCUGUCGACGCUUCGGCAGUACCACAGAAGAAAUCGAAAAAAAAAAGGGAGAUCUGCCAGCGGUAUCCGAUGUAUGUAAAUUUCACAGAGAUCGGGUUCAACGAUUGGAUCCAAGCGCCGGGUGGGUACGACGCGUUCUACUGCAAAGGGGAGUGCAAGUUCCCGUUGGCAAAUCAUCUUAACGCGUCCAACCACGCGGUAAUGCAGACGCUGAUGAACUCAUAUAAUUCGUCGAAAGCUCCCCGGGCAUGUUGUGUACCGACCAAGCUAAGUACACAGACGUUGCUUUACAAAGACGACGACGGAAAGUUGGUGGUGAAAAACUACCAGGAAAUGACCGUGGACGAGUGCGGAUGUAGAUGAGGAARCCGGUGGCAGUUAUCGUAUAUAUMUACACGAUAUAGGYACUAGCUCAAGUCUGGAUGUGUGCUGYAUACUUUACACAAUCAUAAAACCUUGUCAUUUUUACGCCGAAUUUGGUAGAUAUACAUGUAAUGCAUGUAAAAUAUCUGCAAUGUGAAUGUGCGUGCGUGUGUUCUCCCAAAAUUCUCUAAAAGUGUUAAACGCGAAUGUUUAAAUAAAACCAUUUUUUUUUUUUGUCGUUAUAAUUGAAUCAACUGAAACUGUAAUAAAAUAUAUGUAUAUUGCAAUAUAAACACACAUGUAAAUACACUUAUAAAAAUUUGUUUUUUUG